AGCUGUAGGCUUUUUUUUUUUUUUUAUUUAGGGUGGUGGCUGUUUGCGACUCAACUUCUAGUUAAGAGUGGAAGGAGGCCAGAUUGUUGAUGUAAAUGCAGGACGGAGAACAGUAAUGUUAUUUUAGCGAUCACCGUAUAUCCCAUAAAAUCCACAUCUCUAUAAUCACGGAGAGCAGAGAAGGUAGAAAUCACUAGGAGCAAUGCAGGCCAUUAAGUGUGUGGUUGUCGGAGACGGCGCUGUAGGGAAAACAUGCCUGCUUAUCAGUUACACCACCAAUGCGUUUCCUGGAGAGUAUAUCCCCACUGUCUUUGACAACUAUUCUGCAAAUGUAAUGGUUGAUGGCAAACCGGUUAACCUGGGACUGUGGGAUACAGCUGGACAGGAAGACUAUGACAGAUUACGUCCCCUAUCGUACCCCCAAACGGAUGUCUUCUUAAUCUGCUUUUCACUUGUGAGUCCUGCAUCCUUUGAAAAUGUCCGUGCCAAGUGGUAUCCUGAGGUGAGACACCAUUGCCCAAACACUCCUAUCAUUCUUGUGGGCACCAAGCUGGAUCUGAGAGAUGACAAGGACACGAUUGAGAAACUAAAGGAGAAGAAACUCACUCCCAUCACGUACCCACAGGGACUGGCCAUGGCUAAAGAGAUUGGUGCAGUGAAAUAUCUGGAAUGCUCGGCACUUACACAGCGAGGCCUGAAGACGGUGUUUGAUGAAGCUAUCCGAGCAGUUCUGUGCCCACCUCCCGUCAAGAAGAGGAAGAGAAAGUGCAUGAUUCUGUAAACGCCAAAUCCAUUUUUUUCGCUUUCCUCAAGAUUCAAAUAUGCCAUUUUUUUCUUCUGUUGUAAUUAGUGUUUCUAUAAUCCAUUAAUCUUACCUUUUUAAAUAUAUUCCUAAUUAGCUUUCAUUUAGUUUUUGAAAAAAAAAAAAAAAAUGCUGUCUUGCAACAUUUUUAUAACUUGCUGAAAUUAAAAAAAAAAAAAAAGUCCAUCAAACCUAUUUUUCCUUUUGCUUUGUAGAGUGUACAGUCUUCAAAGUGUUGCCAAACUAUCUGCUGUAAUUAACGAAACAAGUCCUGCAAACACUAAACGCAGUAGCUAAUAUAUAUAUAUAUAUAUAUAUAUAUAUAUAUAUAUAUAUAUAUAUAUAUAUAUAUAUAUAUAUAUAUAUAUAUAUAUAUUUAUAUAUUAAGUUUUAUUAAGGUCUGUUAAGGAAUAUAAAUCUGGCUUGGUUAAAAGGAGACUAAAACGUUUACUUUUUUUAAUGAACAAAAACAAUUGCUUAAAUAUUAGCUGAUUUAUGGCGUUGUAGUGCAACUAUUGAAUGCUAACCUGUGUUUACUGUGUAACCAUGUACAUCAAGUCAGAUGAGUGCUUAUAAAACUUACUGUAUUCAGUGGUUUGAGAUUCACAAGUAAAUGCAUUAUUAUUGUAAGAGCUCUUGCAGCAAUUUAAAAACAAAAAUAAGCCUCUAACUUGUUUUUGCUAAGGGUAUUUUUCUGUCCCCCUCACCCCUUUAGUCAAUUGAGAAAGUCAGAAACCUAAAGAUGCUUUUUGUGUGAAACCGCAGUAUUGCUAAGAUUAGUUUUGGCACAGAAAUGUGAUUAUUUGUGCUACUGAAGAAAGUGUCAAAAAUAACACUGAGCUGUGACUUCUAGGUUGGAGUGGUGCAACAGCUGGCCAGGUUUUAUGGCUUGGACCUUUACAUUCAGGAUUUCUGUACCUUUUUUGGUAUUGGGGCAACUAUCUUGCUUUUGUUUAAAUCACACAUUUACAUCCAAGUAACAAAGCCUGUGUUUGAGACUUAAACCAUCAGUUUGGCUAAUAAAGAUGUUCAACUAAAACCCAAUUUGGCUAUUUUUAAUCUUGUUUGUAACUACCUGCUGGUGUUAUUUGGGGUUAGAAUCCUGUGAAUUGACUCUUUAAUGGCUUUAAUUUUUAAUCUUCCUUUUUUUUUAUUAAAGUUUCACAUCACUGUAAGCCUCAUAUUGUGUAUUAUCCCACUUAAUGCAAAUUAUAGCUCUUGAUUUAUGUUAGUUCCUACAUUUCAAAGCUUUUAAUAUUGCUGCAGAUUGUAUAUUGUAUACUAUUUACUGAGUGGUAGUAGUUUUAGAAUUUCAAUGUGAUUCUUAUAGUGACAUUGCAUUUUAUUUUCAAACUUUUGAACCACUGGAACCAAAUAAAACAUUUCCUAGGAUAGGCAGGUAGGUGUCUUGACAUUCUUGCUGAUGUCUUUAGCAAAAUGUUCUACAUGGAUGAGUAAGCUUUUUCACCGUGGAAAAUGUUAAUACUUAUGGAUUUUAACAAAGCCAAUAAACUAAUUAAACAUAA